CAUAUUUUCCCAUCACAACACACAACACAUAACAAAAUGGAAAUGAAAAAGCUCUUGUUAGUUUCCUUAUCCCUUGCUUUGGUUUUAGGAUUAGCCAAUAGCUUUGAUUUCAAUGAGAAUGAUUUAUCAUCAGAUGAAAAUUUGUGGGAUUUGUAUGAGAGAUGGAGAAGUCACAACACAGUUACUAGAAGCCUUGAUGAGAAGCAUAAUCGCUUUAAUGUGUUUAAAGCCAAUGUUAUGCAUGUUCAUAAUACCAAUAAAUUGGAUAAGCCUUAUAAGCUUAAGUUGAAUAAGUUUGCUGAUUUGACUAAUUAUGAAUUUAGGAGUAUCUAUGCUAAUUCUAAGGUUAAUCAUCAUAGAAUGUUUCGUGGCAUGUCACAUGACAAUGGAACUUUUAUGUAUGAGAAUGUGAAGGAUGUUCCUUCUUCUCUUGAUUGGAGGAAGAAAGGUGCUGUUAAUAGUGUAAAGGAUCAAGGCCAAUGUGGUAGUUGUUGGGCGUUUUCAACCAUCGUAGCCGUCGAAGGUAUUAACCAAAUAAAGACACAAAAACUAAUAUCAUUGUCUGAGCAAGAACUUGUGGAUUGCGACACUGAACUGAAUGAAGGAUGCAAUGGUGGGUUAAUGGAAUAUGCAUUUGAGUUCAUCAAGCAAAAUGGUAUAACAACUGAAAGCAAUUAUCCUUAUGCUGCAAAAGAUGGAACAUGUAAUGUACAAAAGGAGAAUAAGCCAGUAGUAUCAAUUGAUGGCCAUGAGAAUGUCCCUACCAACAAUGAAGCUGCAUUGUUGAAAGCUGCUGCCAAUCAACCUAUUUCUGUAGCCAUUGAUGCCGGCGGAUCUGAUUUUCAGUUCUAUUCGGAGGGAGUAUUUACUGGAGAGUGUGGCACUGAGCUGGAUCAUGGAGUAGCAAUUGUAGGGUAUGGAACAACUCAAGAUGGAACCAAAUAUUGGACAGUGAGGAACUCUUGGGGAAGUGAAUGGGGAGAACAAGGUUACAUUAGAAUGCAAAGAGACAUAUCUCAAAAGGAAGGUCUAUGUGGCAUAGCUAUGGAAGCUUCUUAUCCAAUCAAAACAUCAUCUACCAACCCAACAAAAAUUUCAUCUCAGAAAGAUGAACUUUAAAUUAUGCAAUUGCCACAAGAAAUAAUAAUAUUUGUGUCGCAUAUAUAUGUUUUUUAUGUCCAAGUAUUAUUCAUCAAGGAUGUUGUCUUAGGAUUGUGUCGUGUAUUUUUUUAGUUUCAUUGAAUAACUAAUUUUUACUUAUAUAUAAAAUUAGAGAAAAUAAUGUGUGUUUCAAUUUGAUUGCUUGUACUACACGUCAAUUAUUUCUAUUAAAAGAUUAUUACUCAUUGAUUUGUUUAUCAUGCCCUCCUUUACAUUAGCAAUUAGUUUUUCAACAUUAUCUGUUUAUUUAUGAAUGACGUCAUUAAGUGA